AGUGAUAUUAGUAAAGUGUGGUCUUCAUACGGAGUUUGAGCAUCGCGUGUUCUACAAACUUUUACAUGGUUAUAUUGUGUUCUCCAAUUCAACGUACCCAAACGCCUGUACUGACUGAUUGUAUAUUUACAACUGAACAAGGCGAUCUAUAUUAGAGCGAGUUGGAUUACAAAGGUUGGUUUACCUGUUUUGCUGCAAUCAGAGGAUCUAUACUGCUGCAUUACACUGAAGAGUUGAGAAAGCAAUGGAAAACAACGGUUAUGUGUCGGAUGAAAAGGGCGUAUCAGACUCCAAAAUUGUCAUUGAUGACGCACCUUCUCCAGAGAAGAUCAACGACCAAGAGAAGUAUGAACUGGCCAAGGCAGAGCUUGCUUCAAGACCGUAUGCUGGAAUGCCCAAAGACGACCUACUCAGAUUUUCCCAGACCCCAUUUUGGAAGCGUUUUAGAAUUGCCUGUUUGGUGAUAUUUUGGUUGAUCUGGCUGGGUCUCCUGGCUGCAGUAGUUGCACUCACCAUUGUUUGGCCCAGGUGCAACAGUGCUCCAAGCCAGGAUUGGUGGCAGACCAGCGCUAUGUAUCAAGUCUACCCAAAGAGCUUCCAAGAUUCUAAUGGAGAUGAAUAUGGAGAUCUGAAAGGAGUUGAGUCUAGACUAAAAUAUCUGAAGGAACUGAAGACUGAAGCAGUUAUACUGAGUUCAGUGUACAAGACCAAUGGCGUGGACCACGGCUAUGAUGUUACGAAUCAUACCCUCAUUGAUCCCAUCUUCGGCACCAUGAAUGAUUUUGAUGCCCUGCUCAAGAAAACUCACGAAGAAAGCAUGUACCUCGUCGUGGAUUUCAUUCCAAACCAUAGCAGUGAUCAGCAUCCUUGGUUUAUUGAAAGUAAGAAGGCCACAUCCAACUCUUACAGAAACUAUUAUGUUUGGGCUGACUGUACGCCAACCGAUAUGCCUAACAACUGGAGGAGCGUGUAUGGUGGGUCUGCUUGGACAUAUGAUUCAGACAGACAGCAGUGUUAUCUGCAUCAAUUCCUGACGCAACAGCCAGAGCUCAACCUUAGAAGCGCUCAAGUUAGAGAAGAACUAGAGGCUAUUAUGCGUUUCUGGUUGGACAAGGGUGUCGAUGGGUUCAGAGUUAACUCAGUGGAUUAUCUGUUUGAGGACUAUGACCUUAGAGACGAGCCUUCUUCUAGUACCUCAAAUGUCACGAACGCAUAUGAUUCUCUGGACCAUAUCUACACCAAAUCACAACCAGAAAUUCACGAUAUUAUCGCAAGAUGGAGGGCAAUUAUUGACGAGUAUUCAAAACUUCGCAACGGCAGAAAGCGAGUUUUACUGACCGAUGCCGAUGUUGAGGUCUCUGAGAGCAUGAAUUACUACAAGUAUCUGGGGCGUCAAGGGGCACAUCUUCCUCAAAACUUCCUUCUCUCUAAAGUCUCACCGGGCUGUGGUGGUUAUUGCGUAGAGAAACAGGUUAUGGACUGGACCAGAGGGAUGCCUAGUGGAUCCACUGCUACUUGGCUACUUGGAAGUCAAAACCAAGGACGAAUUGCAAACCAGCUUGUUGACUACACACGUGUGGCUUCUAUGCUUCAACUCCUCCUCCCUGGUACACCGAUGGUCUAUUACGGAGAAGAUAUAGGAAUGCACAACGCUAAUCUCACGACUAGUAAGGAUCCUGGAUACACAGACCCAAAACAAUCUAGAGACAGGGCUAGGACACCCAUGCAAUGGAUGAACGGAACAAAUGCUGGUUUUUCUAAUGGUACAGUCGCUCCAUGGUUACCUGUCAACCCGAGUUCAGUUUACAGAAAUGUCAUGGUAGAGAAUGAGGACGGGAACUCCAUGUUAGGAUUGUACAAGGCUCUGCUCACAUUGAGAAGAGAGAAUUCUUUCAAGUACGGCACUGCUGCCCAUGUCGCAGUGGUCAACGACGACGUCUUCUCAUUUGUCAGGGAAUUUGACGGUCAAGAGAGGUACCUGGUUGCUGUCAAUUUCGGAAACAAGGACUCUACUGUGAAUUACUACACUGACCACCAUUUGGUCCCAGAGCAGGGUGAGGUCGUCGAAACAACAAGGAACAAUGUGGGCCUUAGUGGGACCCGCUCUCUCAAUGGAGUUAAGCUCAGUCCGGGUCAGGGAGUUGUGUUCAAGUGGGACGCCCCUCCAAGAUAAACUCGUCUGAAGCAUUGAUUACUAGUUGACAUUUGACUUUAUUACGUUAUAAAUGAUUGACGAUGUAAUUCAUCAUGGUAGUUCAAAAAGUAUUAACACUAUUCUACGUCUUGAUUAUAAAAGUGAAUAUUUCGAUCUUCGUAAGCGUAACUGUUGCAGAGAUGCUGUUUUUAGGAGUUGUAUCAAGGGUCUUAAAAGCAUAUUCAUAUUUCAAUGAUUGAAACUAAUCGUGAUAUCCAUGGAGAAAUAAAAUUUAACAUUUCAAACAAUUCUGCGGUUGUCCCCGUUUAUAAUGUCUACAACUAGGCAUGUUCAGUGAUAAUUUCAAGGUCAUUUGGUCUGUUUUGAUCGAUGUCCUUUUUCGACUGCACGUCUAUGUCUCCAUCUACAUCGAAAUCCAUAGAGAACGAAACACGUCUCCCCAUCAUUCCUUUGUUGUUUGUAAUUAUUGUUUUGGAAGAAUCACUGUUUUCCCCAUCAUCAUCGUUUUUUGUAUCAUCGUUUUCUUCCCCGUCCCACUGCGUAGACUCAUUGUAUGCUACAAUGCUUCUCCUUGCAGCAUCAUUGUAUGCUACAAUGCUCCUCCUUACAGCAUCAUUGUAUGCCCCACUUCCCCAUGCAGCAAGCAUAUCGUCCGUACUAUAGACCCGAUUCUACAAAUCAAAUCAUGAGACUCAUCUGAAUAUGUCAAAUACUUGACAUGAUACAGAAAAUGCAUAUUUUUGUGUACAUCUCGAUUCGCUGAUAAAUUGAACAACACCGAAUAGUCGUUUCCCAUAAACCCUGUCAUUGCAUUUGCUACAUCAAGGA